GCACGCAGCUCCGUGUAGCUGUGUGCACCGUGCUCUGUACUGGUCUCCACGGUGCGCGUCUAGCUGUGGGCAUGGCCCCUGCGCGGGGACCAGGCGCUUGCCCUGAAGGUGCAGCCCCUUGUGGCUGAGGGCAGGGCUGUUUGCGUUGGCUGCCUUGGUUCUGUAAUCUGCCUGGGUAAGGCGUGCUCCAUGGGGCAGCCCUUUCUGGCCCAUUCGCUUGGUGAGCCGGCAACACGUGCCCUGCCUGUCUCCCUGCAGGCUCCGGGAGCACUCGGAGGAGAUGUCUGGCUUCCUCCUGGAGUGUGACAGCUCCGUGCAGGGCGCGCUGCAGAAGCACCUGGCGCUGUACAGGAUCCGACGGAAGGUCACGGUGGAGCCGCACCCGAAUCUACAAGUGUGGGCGGUGUUACCCGGUUCCCCUGAGGCCUGCGGGGCCGCACCGCUGCAGGAGAGGGCGGGGGCCGACGCCAUCCUCAUCCGCGACCCGCGAACGCCACGCAUGGGGUGGCGGCUCCUCACCCAGAAUGAAGGCCCAGCCCUGGUUCCCGGGAGCCGGCUAGGGGACCUGUGGGAUUAUCACCAGCACCGGUACCUGCAAGGGGUUCCUGAGGGUGUCCGAGACUUGCCUCCAGGGGUGGCCCUGCCUCUGGAGUCCAACCUGGCCUUCAUGAACGGCGUGAGUUUCACCAAAGGCUGCUACAUUGGUCAGGAGCUGACUGCCCGCACCCACCACAUGGGCGUCAUCCGCAAGCGCCUCUUCCCUGUCCGGCUCUUGGACCCCCCUCCCACCCGUGGUAUCGCCCCAGGCGCGGCAGUGCUAACUGAGUCAGGACAGGCUGUGGGCAAGUACAGGGCCGGCCAGGGCAACGUGGGGCUGGCCCUGCUGCGCUCAGAGAAGAUCAAGGGUCCUCUGCACAUCAGAAUCUCCAAGGGCGCUCAGGUGGCCUUAGCCGCAUCUGUGCCAGACUGGUGGCCCACGGUCUCCAAGUAGCCCGAAGCCUUGGCUGGCACCGGCUGAUGGGGAGGCUGGGGGCUGGGGCCUGGGGCUUCUGUCUGGGGUCUUCCCGUCCCAUCUGUCUGCUGUGCCUGCUGGGUGGGAUCCUGCUUCCCACCUGGGAACGUCCCCUUUGGCGGCGCCAUGCCUGGCCCAGCCCAUGCUCAGGGGCCCCAGCUCAUGGGUUGUUUUCUCCCUGAACAUCCUGUAGCCCCAGAGGGGAGAAGUGGCCUGAGAAGCCCACCAUGUGGGUGCUAAGCCCCAGGAGGCGCUGGGUGCCAGCCUCGGCUCCACACAGGGUUGUCCGAGAGGAUGGGGCGGUGUCUCUGGCCAGCCCUGGCGGCCUCUGGGCCUUGCGUCCCACUCUGCCCAGCAUGAGCCUCGGGGGUUGGUUUCUGUGCCUGGAAGCUGGGUGCUGUCCAGGGUCUGUGCACUGGGGCUGGGGCUUUGGAGUUAACUGCUUGCUUGCAGGGUGCCUCAGGGUGGGUUGUGUGUGGUCCAGAGGGGUCUGGGGCAUUGGAUCAGGUGGCAUAUAGGCAUCUGCACAUGGAGGAGCACGUGCUGCACACCUGAGCCAGGUGCGCCUCUGUACCGGGGCACCAGGGCUGAGCCUUCAGGUAUCCCAUGCGGAAGGCUGUGCCCACUGCCCCUGUUUCUCCACCUCCACCCCUCCUCAGAGCCCUCCAGGAGCGUGGGGUGGGGCUGGCACAGGGCUCAGGAGCCAGCAGGGCGAAGUUAGCAUGACCGGUGUGUGCUGGGUUUCUGCAUAGCCUGUGUUUGCAGUGAGAGUGACUAGCUGUCAGCCACGGGGCAUGGCCUCCGCUUCACCCACUGGGUUCCCUCUUCCCAUUGAAGUGCGAGCUCCAUGUUUCCGGGCAUCUAUUAAAGAGUGAGCCACGGGCAGCCUG